AUGAGCUACACUAACUACUGGGUGGUGGACUACGACCUGUCGUCUCCGGCUCCGCCCAGCUUUCCCAGGGGCCCCGCCGUGCUGCAGCCAGUGGCAGGAAACCCCGAGCAGACCACGGCCUUGUGCUUUGUGGGCCUGCUGCUUCUCCUGCUGCUUUUCCUGCUGGUCCGCUGUGUGCGGAUUCUACUGGACCCUUACAAAAGCAUGCCGGCAUCUUCAUGGACCGACCGCAAGGAGGGUCUGGACAGAGGACAAUUCGAUUACGCGCUGGUUUGA